GUUGGGCGAGAAUAUCAUCCAUCACUAUCGACCACGAACGGCACCAACGCUCUGCUUCAGCUAUCGAUGAAGAGCGUCGUAGAACGCACCGAUCCACGCGAUCAAUUCGAUCAAUGCAAAGGUACUAAUUUGAAACAUUUUGGAGGUCUCACAAGCUGCGAAGAAAGAGCAAUCGGUCGACCAAUCAUAAAAUGUUUGUUUGCAAAAUACUCCUGUGUGGCUUCAUUUCGUCUUCGAUCCAUGCCUUGAAGUUUCCGUCCACCAAAACACAACAACUACGCUCAUCAGCAGUGGAGUCAGCGAAUAGUGAAUUGUCGAGAAGGCAACUACUCCUGUCUGGAGUCACUUUGGGAACGAUUGGAGCAAUCCUGCUUCCUACCAAUCCUGCAAAUGCAGCUCGAGCGAAAGGAGCCGCCGAGCUAGAUUUGGAAUUUUACAUACGGGAUCUGGUCAACGGAAACAAAAAGGAAGGAAGUAUUUCUCCAUCAACGAAUGGACCUCCUGUCCCUCCCCCCCGAACGUUGAAAGGUUCCAUCAUACCGCUGCUGUUGAACAAGGAAUGCUCCCCAGAUUGUAUUCCAGUUCAGGCAUUGAUCGAAGAAAUCGAAAAGCAAGACAAGGUCGCGGGUCGAACGCCGGCAAGUAAGGAAGCUAUUGCGAAGGAUAUUCAGUAUCGAGUCAACUCAAUUCGAGAAAAAACAAGCAGAAGUUUCUUGACGAAAGCUCCGUGGAACGAGGAAGAGAUUUCGGAUCAGUAUUACUUCGAUUUUACAGCAUAUGCUUUGUGGAAAACAGCCGCCGAGAUGAUUGAUGAUGUGCAGAAUCGUGAUCGUUUCAUGCGAAACAUCGGUCGCUUACUCGUAGACAAACUUGAGAGCGAAGGGAUAUUGACGGGAAGCUCUGCGUCACGGCAACAGCAACUCUCCAAGAACAACGGUGUUCUUGUCAGUAGUAUUCCUCUCGUGAUGGAAUUGUUGAACGUUUUCAAAACGAGCGGAUAUUGCAAAAACUUUCGAAUAAGAUCAUCCGACAAUGCGGAUGCCAUGGGUGAUGACUUGCCCCUGUUUGAUGAAUUAGACGAUGAGAGCCUCAGUAUGGUUGGAACAUCCAACUGCCUUGUCAGCAUUUUCGAACCUGCAGUACUUGGAGCAAGCCUACAAAUCAAUGGAGAGAAUUCAAGGUUUGCUCCCGACUUUAUCGGAACAAGUUUGGCAGCGAUCUGGGAAAAAUAUGGUGGUAUCCGCUCCACCUGGGAUGUAUUCUUUGUGGAUCCGGAGUAUCGACCAAAUCCAAAAGAUUAUUUUCCUAACGAGCAACUACUACAAAUCACGCUCAACAAGAGUUGAGGACACACGAGGAGCCAAGACGAUGUCUCCUCCAUUAGGCAAGAUACUCGUCACGUAUAUUACGCAGUAUGCGUCUCUACUAAUUUGCUUCGCUAGCUAGCUUUCAUGAAUGAAACUGAAAACUCGAAAAACACGUAUAACACUCAAAUCGUCUCCUUAUUGCACACUAAUGAAAUCGAAGCUAGCUU